AUGAUCAAGCAGGGCCACUUAGGUGAAUACAUUUAUAAGCCUCGAAAUAAGCGCCGUGAUGACCUCCCACGCCGAGAUAAUAAUCAAGAUCAACCGCCACGACGAGAGGAAGGGGGUCAUCGACGCGAACAAGAUAACAAUGAUAACCAACCCACCCGUGGAGUCAUUGCUUUUAUCUCCGGAGGACCAGCAGGUGGCGACUCACAAAAUGCGAGACGCAAGCUCGCUCGAUCACCACGUAUGAAUCAAGAGCACGCUUCUCCAUCCGCAUCUAUCUAUCAGAUACGAACACCUGAUCAUAGCAUAGUCUUUGACUCCUUGGACCUUGAAGGCCCAAACGAAGAUCAUGUCGACGUGUUGAUAGUCACAGCGUCGGUGGCCAACUUUUUGGUUAAGAAGAUUUUAGUGGACGGUGGAAGCUCAACAGACAUCAUGUAUCUCUAUACAUUCAAGCUGUUGGGCAUAGAUAACGCCCGAUUUAGCCCCAUAACUACAUCGCUAAAAGGAUUCACUGGAGAUAGCGUUUUAUCCAUGGGAGAAGUGGAGUUGCCCAUCUCCUUAGGGGACAACCCUUGUCGAAUUACCAAGAUGAUAAAAUUCCUCAUCAUCGACAAGCCAUCCCCCUAUAACAUCAUCUUAGGGAGGCCAGCAAUCCAUACAUUCAAGUCAGUGCCUUCAUCUUACCACCAAAAGUGGAAAUUCCACACUCCUUAUGGAAGGGGAGAGGUACUUGGAGAUAGACGUCUCGUUCGAGAGUGCUAUGCGAGAGCCCUACGAGAACCAUCCAAGAAGCCCAAACCGUCCGGAAGGGGAGACGACACCCAAAAACCCGACAAACGGAAAUGGGUCAACGCGAUCAUCGAGGACAAUAGAGAAAUCCUCAUCAACGUACCAGACGACAACAUUAAGCUAGCGGCCGUCGAAGAGCUUAAGCUCAUAGAGCUCAGACCUGGAGAUGAUUCCAAGCUCCUACGCAUCGGAUCCGAUAUAGAUCCAGAGAUGGAACAUCAACUAAUCAACUUCCUGCGACACAAUGGAGACGUGUUCGCUUGGAAAGCCCAAGAUUUGUCGGUACUUGUUCCCAAACCCGGGGGCAAGUGGAGGUUGUGCGUGGACUUCACCGACCUCAACAGAGCUUGUCCAAAGGACCCAUUUCCUCUGCCUAGAAUCGACCAACUCAUCGAUUCAACCUCGGGAUGCGAGCUCCUCAGAUUCCUUGACGCGUAUCAAGGAUUCAAUCAAAUCUUGCUCGCCCCAGAAGAUCAACAGAGGGCCAGCUACGUCACAGAUCAAGUCAUCUACUGCUACCAAGUCAUGCAUUUCGGGUUAAAAAUGUGGGGGCUACUUACCAACGUCUAG